CAAAUGGGAGGAAGUGACGUCACGGUCGGCGCGCGGGAGAUGCAGCGGCGGCUCCUCUCUGUGUGUCUCUGCUGAAGAAGCUGCAAAGUCUCUGUGAUCGGAUGUGCAGGUGAUCGAUCAGAUGAACUGACAGGAGGUUGACCACAGCUCUGUGAUGGAGGAAAGGGAAGAGAGGGAGGAGAGGGAGGAGGGGCUCCCAGGACCUGAACCAGAACCUGAACCAGGACCAGAUCCCCGUGUGUCAGUGGCGAGCGGCGGUGGGGAAGCUGCUGCGGCGGCGGCGGCGGCAGAUGAGGCGCAGCGUCUGGAGGAGCUCCGUCACGCCAGGAGGGAGGAGACUGAGCGGCUCCUGCAGGACUUGACCCUGGAGGAGUGGCGGGAGCUCGGGAGCCGUCUCCUCGAGCGGGAGCCCGGGCUGGUUUUCGACGCCCUGGCGAUGCACCGGCGGCGGCGUGGCGCCCCGGCGGCGGCGGCGGGCGUGCCGGGGGCGCCGUGGUGCGUGUGCGGGAACUGCAGGGAGAUGCCCACGGAGCUGGAGAGGAAGUGCUGCGGCCAGGAGGCGGCGCUCUGCCUCAGCACGCUGCCGUCCUUCUCCCUGUACUGCCUGGACGCCGGCUUCCUGCGCAUCCACAGGAACUACAGGGAGGGCGUGGCCCGGGCGGGCGGGGCCGAGGGGGGCGGGGCCCACGAGCCCGGCGAAGACAACCGCGCCUUCCGCUACAUGGCGUACAGAACCUUCAGCCUGUGGCAGCACGGCGCCGCCGGGCGCAGGAAACGCCUCCUGCCCAGCUGCUGCCUGUGGAGGAUCAGAGACCAGUGGCCCGACGCCGACGACCAGUACUCUGCAGCCUGACACACACACACACACACACACACACACACACACACAGGGUUCAUGGCUACAUGCGGGGAAGAGGAGUAAAUAUUCAGAGAAAAAAGAAUCUGAAUGUCGGAGAUUGAAGUUGUAAAUUUAGGAGAAAAAAACUCACAAAUUUCCACGAAAAAAACGAAUUUUUCUUGCUUUUUUUCUUAUAAAUCUGACUUUCAUCUCAGAGGAUAUUCAAGAUUUUCUCAUAAAUUGGUGACUGUAUAAUCUCAGAAUUUUCUUUUUGUUUUCUCAUAAAUUGAUUUUCAUUUUUUCUUUCCGGAAAUGUACGACUUUAUCUCAGAAAUUCAAUUUUUUUUUUCCUCUAAAUUUUUUUUCCUGUUAUUUUUGUUCUCUCUACAGUGGCACAAAUACGGCGACAUAAAAACCUACUGAUUCCGUAUUAACAAAUAAAAUGUCAAUAAAAUCUAUUUUGGGGAAUAAAUUACCACCACAAUAAACCAGUAAUGUACUAAUUUGUGUUGUGAACCAGUUAAACUUCCUGCAAACAUAAAACAAGAUGAAAUCUGUUUUUUUUUUUUUCGUUAACAUGACAGUGGAUCGAUCCUCAGUGCAGGGUUGUGUGUUUAUUUUAUCACUAAAUUAAUUAGACUAGUUUUAUCAUUCGGUUGUCCAUGUUUAUUUUGUGUUGUGUAUCUAAGUAUUUUAGUUUGUUUUCUAUUGAGACAAACUUAUUGUGCCUCUUGUGUUUAAUUUAAUACGUGCUGUCACUGUGUGUACAUGUGUUUCACUGUUCUGUUGUUAUUGUUUUAACCUGAUUUGAUUAAUA